AGGAGGAGGAGAAGAAGAGCUGAAGCGUUUCCUCUCAGGAGUGAAAAAUAAUAAUCGCGUUUGGAGAGAAUAAAUCGGUUUAUCUUUAAAUCCUGAGAAACAAUGAACAUGAUGCCCAAAAGAGACUUCAGUAGCUAUCAAAAUACUUCCAGGACACCUGAUACUUUCACCAGUUCUUCAGAAAUUAAGAAAGAGCUUCACCCUUGCUCAGUUUGUGGGAAGAGUUUUAUUUCCCAGAGGAGACUCCAAAUCCACCAGCGUAUUCACACAGGAGAGAAGCCGUAUCACUGCUCACAGUGUGGAAAGAAUUUCAGUCAAAAAGGUCAUCUCCGGACACACCAGCGCAUUCACACAGGAGAGAAGCCGUAUCGCUGUACGCAGUGUGGGAAGAGCUUUGCUGUGUUGGGUCCUCUCCAACGACACCAGCGCAUUCACACGGGAGAGAAGCCGUAUCGCUGCUCCGAUUGUGGGAAGAGCUUCAAUGAAUCAAGUAAUCUCCGAAAACACCAGCGCAUUCACACAGGAGAGAAGCCGUAUUAUUGUUUACAGUGUGGAAAGAGCUUUGCUCAUGCACAUACACUCCAAACACAUGAACGCAUUCACACAGGAGAGAAGCCGUAUGACUGUUUACAGUGUGGAAAGAGCUUUGGUCAUGCACAAACACUCCAAACUCACCAGCGCAUUCACACAGGAGAGAAGCCGUAUCAGUGCUCACAGUGUGGAAAGAGUUUCAAUAAAAUAAGUCAUCUCCAAACACACCAGCGUGUUCACACAGGCGAGAAGCCUUAUUACUGCUCAGAUUGUGGGAAGAGUUUCAGUCAGCAAAGUUCUCUUCAAUCACACCAGCGCAUUCACACCGGAGAGAAGCCAUAUCACUGCUCAGAUUGUGGGGAUUGUUUCAGUCAAAUAAGUUCUCUCCGAAAACACCAACGCAGUCACACAAAAUAGAAGCCGUAUCAGUGCUCACAGCCUGGAAUCUGUUUCUCCGACCUCAGCGAUUUCAAUCCACACCAAUGAAUUGACACAUGAGAAACCAUUUAUCUGCUUACAGUGAGGGAGGUUUUACUCUCCAGGGUCAUCUUAAAACACACCAACGCAUCCAUACAGGAGAGAAGCCCUAUCCCUGCACACAAAAUGGAAUAAUUUGAAUUAGAAAAAUUAAAAAACAUCAAGAAAUUUGCACAAGAGAAACUAUACCAAUGCUGAGGAGUGAAAGGAGAACACAUUCAUAGUGACUACUGAGGACCCUGAGGGCCUUUUUUUUUGUUUUUUCUCCCCCCUCCUUGGUAUUUGUGGUGCAAUUUUCCAUCGAGGCAUACGACUUGUGAACAUUGUUGUGACUUGUGUUAAGCCUUCAGAAUUCAAUCAGAAUUGGGCUAAUUAAUUCAACAACAAGAAGUUUAAUUUACAUAGUGCCUUUCACCAACCCAUGAAUGCUUUGCAAAGUAAUGAUAAAGAAAAAAACCAUACAAACAAAUCAACCAGUGAAGUUCUUGGAUAAGACAGAAGAUUAAAGAAAUACAUGAACAGAAAUAACACGGGUAAAAAGACAGCAACUUAAAGCAUGGUAAAAGGAAUGGGCAGUCAGUGAUCAAGACACAAGGGUAAGAGGAGACUGAAGUUGAGUUUUGAACUGUAGGAACAUGAAGGUUCUGGGGGACAUGAUUCCAUAGCUUGGGGGUUAUGACUCUAGAACCCAUGGUGGACAGGUUUUAUUUUUGGACAGACACUAGACCAGAAGAUGAAGAUCCAAGACUUGUGAAUGGGAGCAUAGGAUUUCAGUCGUUCCAUAAGAUAUUGAGGAGGGUAGCUAUGGAGUCCUUGGAAAAUGUAAAUUGUUUUGGCUAUUGAUUUGUAACUUAGUAUAUGAUCAGUCAUAUCAGCAUUAAGCUUUCAAAAAUUAUUCAUCCACAACAUUAGGUUGUGAAUGCAUUUGGAGAGGGUGGGACAGAUGUAAAAGGCCUUCACCUGAUGUAAAUCUGCAUGCCAUCUGCACAGCAAUGAAAAAUUCAACCCAAUCACAGAUGGCUGAAUAAUUCAGUGCAUAAAUGGUGCAUUUUUCAUAGUGGGUCUGUUAGUUUUAAAAUUAGGGCUGGGCAACGAUUAAAAGUUUUACUCGUGAUUAAUUGCAUGAUUUCCCUGAGUAAUCAUAAUUAAUCGCAUUAUUAUACGCAAAAUCCAAUAAUGAAUUAAAAAGUAGUGUAUAGCACAAUUUUGUUUUAAAUGUUCUGCCAUAUGAACGAAAGUGCAGAACAAAUGUUAUGGCAAACACUUAACAUCAGCAUUUUGUUUAUACAGUAGCAGUUAAAUAAAAUAUUUAAUGUAAAUCUCAACUUAAUGUUAUCAAAGCAAAUACAAAACUUAAGCUUAUUGCCAAUGUCAGGGCAUUAAUGUUAUCCUGUUUGUUAUAAAAAAAAAACUGCCCACAAAAUCCUGAGCCACAAUCAUAACAUUAAAACGGGCAAUUUCUGAGGUAACAGCAGAGACUUUUCUUUUAUCAGGGAGUAGCAUAACCAGUCUAUGUUCAGUACCAAAGUUAGAGUGAGGUGAAGCACAAAAAAAAAUUCACUGCUGGGAUUUACUGUGCAGAGGACUAGUCUGUAAAGUCCAUGUUUUAUACGGGAUUUCCUUUGGAGAAUGUCACUCAAAAAAGAACCAGAAAACACUUUCAGUGCAGUUUGUAGAUUCCUAAUACUUGACGGGGUUUUUUUUUUUUUACUCCUCUGCACUAAGCCAGUUGCUAAGGCACACAAGAUUAUUUACAUUUUCAGAUGAUAAAUGCCCCUUUUCCACCAAAGCAGUUCCAGGGCUGGUUCGGGGCCAGUGCUUAGUUUGGAACCGGGUUUUCUGUUUCCACUGACAAAGAACUGGCUCUGGGGCCAGAAAAACUGGUUCCAGGCUAGCACCAACUCUCUGCUGGGCCAGAGGAAAGAACCGCUUACGUCAGCGGGGGGGCGGAGUUGUUAAGACCAAUAACAAGACCACGAAAGAUCGCCAUUUUUAACCGACGAGAAGCAGCAGCUGUCCAAACGUGAAGUCAUCCAUUGUUAUUAUUAUUAUUAUUAUUAUUAUUAUUAUUGUUGUUGCUGCUGCUGCUGCUUCUUCUGUGUUGUUUUUGCUUCGAUAUUCGCGCUAAGGUUUAUGCAAACGUAGCGAUGUAACUGACGUAUACAGCGACGUAAUGAUGUGGCUUCUCUUAGCACCGCGAGCUAUGGAAAAGCAAACUGGUUCUCAGCUGGCUCGCGAGUUGAACGAGUUGUAAACCAGCACUGGCCCCGAACCAGCCCUGGAACUGAUUUGGUGGAAAAGAGGCAAUAGAAGCUCUCUUCUUCUGUACAAUAUGACCGGCAAGGGAAAAGAACCUUUCACAGGGUAUGGAGGUUGCAGGUGUGGCCAAGUACUUCUGUGCAUAGGGGGCCAGUCUGCUGUGUGAGCCUGCAUGUUUGGACCACCACUCUAAUGGACAGGACUCUGAACUGAUGGCAGGCUCUGCUCUGUAUCGAUGCACACUGUUCUCAAUUGAGUCUGAAGAUUGCUACUGCAUUGGACCCUAGAUUCAAGGACCUCAAGUGUAUACCCAGAGCUGAGAGGAGUGAGGUGUGGGCCUCAGUCACCAACUUAGUCAAGGAACAAAGGGUUAUUGCAGAGAAACCUGUGGAAGAAAAAACAUCAGAGCCACCAAAGAAAAAGUUAACCUGGCUGCUUCAUCUGAAUCUGAACAAGAUAUGCAAUGUUGGCAUUUUCCUUGCGUGUCUCCAGGUCUUUUCUGAAUGUAGACUUGAACUUGGCCACGUAGGCAGGGUCAUCGUCUGAGCUCUCCAUCACCCAAGAGAUGACAAAAAGCAGGCAGAGCCACAGAGCAUGAGAUGUACUUUUCUCCUCCCAAAAGUUCAGUCACAUACCUGCAACAGAAAAUCAACUCCACUUCAGUCAAAAUAAAUUGCAUUCACUUGUACACAAAAAUAUCCUCUACAUAUUCAUGCUGCAUUUUUACACUACUUCUCUCUUACAUGCACUCAGCCAGGAUAGUGAACAAUAUGAUGUAAAACAUACUGGCAAGGCUCCAGUAGGGUUUCUAACCUCUGCAGUUUUUCCAUUUCAGCUGUAGUUGGCAUGACAAUCUUGGUGUUUGUGGUGAGGACAUCCCUCAGUGGCUGUUCGUUUCUGCGGAUGCUUCUUAUCAUGUCCAGAGUUGAAUUCCAUCUUGUUGGAACGUCUUGCAUAAGUGACUCCUUCUGUCCAUGUUCAACUUGUUGCUCUAAUUCUGCAGCACUUGCUGGACUGUGUUUAAAGUGCCCCACAACUUUCCUGCACUUUGCCAGGACAUUGUCAAAUGCACUGUUCUGCAGAGAUACUGUGACAGAAUGCUGGAGACUGUGCGCAAAGCAGGGUACAUGAUCAAAAGGCAGAUGUCUCGCAGCAGCUGUCAUAUUUCGUGCACUAUCUGUGCUAAGUGUGGUGACUUUAUUUGACACAUUCCACUGUGGGCGGCACGGUGGUGUAGUGGUUAGCGCUGUCGCCUCACAGCAAGAAGGUUCUGGGUUCGAGCCCCGUGGCUGGCGAGGGCCUUUCUGUGUGGAGUUUGCAUGUUCUCCCCGUGUCCGCGUGGGUUUCCUCUGGGUGCUCCGGUUUCCCCCACAGUCCAAAGACAUGCAGGUUAGGUUAACUGGUGACUCUAAAU